AAUCCGAUCAAGGUAGACGAGGUGCCUCGAAGCACAUGAAACGUACCAUUUUCGCCCUGCUUUGUUCCACUUGCUUGGCAAGUCAACUGCAAGUGGCUUUUCAGGGCCUCGUGGAUGGAUUGGCCAAAAGAUAUGGCUAUGCAAUGCAGAUUGCGUGGAAGUCCAAUAUUGAGGAGUUCACCGUCGCCGCCGGACAGCACGCCAUUACUGGCAGAGCCGUGACGGCGGAAGAUACCUUUGCCUUUGGCUCGGGCACCAAGCCCUACACAGCGGUCCUCCUGCUGAAACUUGCUGCAGAGGGGAAACUCGAGUUAGAUAGACCAGCUGCAUACUAUGUCGACCCCAUUCUGAAGCGCACGAAUAGCACCUCUAUGGUGCAACUCUUCGGUUCCACCGCGUCGAAAGUCACGGUGCGGCACCUCCUGCGUAUGCAGAGUGGCCUGGCAGACUUUGACGUCAAAGGUUUCGAUGAUGCCUUGCUGAAGCAGGGUGGUUCUGUCCACAGCCCGGUGGAAUUCUUGCAUGCAGCUGCCCAACAGAGCCCAGUGUUUCUUUGCAGCCCGGGAAACUGCACCAGUUACACCAGCACGAACUACGUGCUGGCAGGCUAUGUGGCUUUGGGUGCCACCAACCCCACAGCGGACUGGCAAAGCUUGGAUCAGACCCAGAUCUUUCCAGAUCCGGCAAGCCCAAAGUAUAAAAAAUGCACCUUUGCUGACUCUGGGCGCUUAAAUACGACCCUGGACAUCCCAGGAACUGCUGGCAGUUUCCUGAAACGCGUGCAGAUCUACUCCCAAGACGCCUCCAUCCUGGGUUGGACCUGUGGAAAUCUCAUUGCCCCUGCGGGCUCUGCUGCCGAGUUUUUCUACGAUCUCCUGAUCGCCAAGAGCAUCAUUCCGGCUGAGAUGGUGGACAAAAUGCAGGAUUUCGCUCCGCUGAAUGUUGGUUGGGCGAAGGGCAUGAUCCAGUACGGCACUGGUCUUAUGAUUCAGCAGUCCAGUUGGAACGCCACGGAGCCCCCAGUGCUUGGCAGCUGGGGUUCCUACGUGGGCCACGGGGGCGACACCUAUGGCUUCCUCUCGGAGAGCGGCGUGCUGAGCGAGUUCAACGCCUCUUUUUCGGCCACGGCGAAUGAGGAACACCUGGGCCCGUUUGUCAAGAAUGUCAUGGUUUGCAACAUGAUCAAACUGGCCGCAAAAGUGCUGUUGGACAAAGACGUGUUCUUGAAGUGUGGCAUCCGUCCCUUUCCAGAGGAGAUUGCAGUGUAGCGAGCUGCAGCCAGAAGGUUGCGGGACUCCCUGGACCCCGGGAAAGGGCCCCAGAGGAUCCCAGAAAUUGGAGCAAACAUUUGGUGGAAAUCCGCCUGCUUGGAUGGCAAAAAUUGGUUUGCUG